CUCUUUACUUUACGAACCUUUAAAACCAACAUUAGAAAGCAACCAAAUUAACUGAAAAGGCAAAGCAUCUCUUUCCUUCCCAUUCUCUCCUCCAAGAAACCAAACUCAAAUCAAAACCGACAAGCAAAUAAACAAACCCAAUAAAGACGAACGAAAAAGAAGAGGAAGGUUCUUCCUAUAAACAGUGUGAAGCUCCUUCAUGAAGCUUUAAUUCUUUCUAUUGUUUCUGGGUAAAUAACAUAUAUCCUGCAACUGCAAGCUACACCCAAGAUUCAUAAAGAUUAAAGAAUUAAUGGAUCAGUAACUCCUUUUUCUAAUUUUCUCUUGCUCUCUAGAUUUCUGUUUCCAUCAUUUCUUGCUGAUAUGUAUUUUCUUUCUCUCUGUUUUCAAUCUCCGAAAGACCCCUACUACAGUGAAAACACCGCCAGAAGGGUUAAUUCCGCUUCCUCCUCCUCCUCCGUUUCCACCACCAGGGUCCACGUGACUGCUCUCGAUGGCCUUGUCAACGUCAAUUCCCUUUUCACAAUUGCUGUCUUUGUGGGACUCUCUCUCACCACCCCAGGCCAGCGCAGCCUCGAGAAUCGCUCAGCCUGUGACGCUGGCAUCGACGUGGCAAAAAAACUUCUCGUCUUUGAGGUUGUGUCCUUCAGCUUCUUCCUCUUUUCCUCUCUAAUCGCUCAAGGCCUGAAACUGGCGAUCAAUUUGUUGAACAGCAAAGACGUGGAUGAGGCGUUCAGAGCCCAUAUUAAUCUAAACGUAUUGAGAUUUGGGAUGAUGGGUUCAGCGGUGGGGUCGGUGAUGGGUUGCAUCUUUUUGGUGCUUUCAAUGGUGAAUGUGAUUGAGAUUCGGUUGGGGAUGUUGUCUUGUGGGAGUAAGAGCGCGGUUCACGCGGUUACAGCAUUGGUCCUUCUGGUUUCUUCUGCUCUCUUAAUUUAUAUUUCCACUACUAUUUAUGCUUUUCUCCACUGAUUACUUUUACACAAGGGUUCUCAACUGUGAACUUGAACUAUGUGUGUAAGCUUGUGGAAAUGAAAUUAUGCUAUGAUCUGUUGGAGAAUAUAUGCUCACAGCUCAUUUUGGAUU